CUCUCCGACUCUCCGUUCCGAUGCUGCUCUCUCAAAUGGGCUCACUACUUGAUGCUCGUCUGCGUCUCCAUCCCGCUUUGGCUGUUGCAGCUGCACAAGUACAGACCCAUACGAUUUGUCCUGCAUCCGGGUCGCGAAGAUGGACAAAGCGCAAAGGCGGCUUCCGAGAAGUAGUUCUGUCCAACGUCCCGAAACCUGGUGGGAGCAAGUUCGAGGUCGGGUUGAGGAUGGGGAUGCACGUCGAGGUUGUGAUAGACAACUAGGCAUGGGGCAACCCAUUGGCGCCGUGAUCU